AUGGCUGCAAGCAUCAUGCCCAUAGUUAGCAAGGCUUAUUGUUCAUCUUCUCAGGUGGUUCUUGAUGUUCGAUCGAGGCCACAUGUUGUGAGUGGUGGAGGUUUCGUGGUCACAGAUUGUAGCCAAAAGGUUGUUUUCAGGGUAGAGGGUUGUGGAACUCUUGGCAAAAAAGGGGAGCUGAUUCUAAAGGAUGGUGAAGGAAAUGAUUUGCUUCUCAUCCGCCGAAAGGGAGGUAUAGUUGAAGCACUAAGCAUCCACAGGCAAUGGAGAGGCUACGCUUUGGGCUACCAAGGAUCUCAAAAGUUAGUUUUCAGCUUGAAAGAGCCAAAUUCAUGUCUUGUACAGAACAAUCCGAUCAGAAUCUCCAUUGAACCAAGUCAAUGCAGCAAAUACUCUAGUUAUGAGAUCAAGGGGUACUUUUCUGAAAGAGAUUGCAGCAUCAUGGGCUCCAGAGGCAACAUAAUAGCACAGGUUGGAGUGGAGAAAGUGAUGGUGAGCAAGGAUCUUUAUCAUGUAGUGGUGAAGCCUGGCAUUGAUCAGGUCUUCAUUUUUGGAAUCAUUGCCAUUCUUGACUACAUAUAUGAUGGCUCUACCAGAUGCUGAAUCAGAAAGAAGCUAACGAUGAAGAUAAUUUUCCAACUUCCCAACAUAUGGGAUAUUAAUGAUAUUUCACUAUGUCAUUCAUAAUGUUGAUUUGAUUUCUUUUCUGAGAUGUACAUAUAGCGUGAGACAUUUCUGAAAACUUCUACUUGUGUAUCCUAGAUACCUGUGGGAAAUGAG